AUGCCGGAGACGCGAGAAACUCCACCGCGUGAACAAUGGAGUUCAUGGGCGGAUUUUAUCAUGAGUUGUAUUGGUUAUGCUAUCGGAUUGGGAAAUGUAUGGAGGUUUCCUUAUCUAUGCUAUCAAAAUGGUGGAGGUGCUUUUCUCAUUCCUUACGUGAUCUCGUUGGUGUUCUGCGGUGCACCGUUAUUCAUUCUUGAAACGUCAUGGGGACAACUGCUCUCUGUUGGUGGUCUUGGAAUGUUCAAAAUAUGCCCAAUCUUCAAGGGU